AAAUGAUGGAUUCAUCGACUUUCAAAAGGUUUACUGCUUCAAUAGAGAAUAUUUUGGAAAAUUUGGAAGACAUGGAUUUUACAGCUUUCGGUGAUGAUGAUGAGAUUCCGCAGGAAUUGCUACUAGGUAAACAUCAGCUUAAUGAGUUGGGUAGUGAAUCUGCAAAAAUCAAGGCAAUGGGCAUUAUGGACAAGCUCUCAACAGAUAAAACAGUAAAAGUCCUGAAUAUUCUGGAGAAGAAUAUUCAAGAUGGAUCAAAGCUUUCUACAUUACUUAACCACAACAAUGACACUGAAGACGAGGAGAGAUUAUGGAGAGAUCUUAUUAUGGAGAGAGUGACAAAAUCUGCUGAUGCUUGUCUUACUGCUAUCAAUAUAAUGACAUCACCAAAUAUGCCUAAAGCUGUAUAUAUUGAGGAUGUAAUAGAAAGAGUUAUUCAAUACACAAAAUUUCAUUUGCAGAACACUCUUUAUCCUCAGUAUGAUCCUGUGUAUAGAGUGGAUCCUCACGGUGGUGGUGUUUUAAGUUCAAAAGCAAAGCGUGCCAAGUGUUCCACCCACAAGCAAAGAGUUAUAGUGAUGUUGUACAACAAAGUUUGUGACAUUGUCAGCAGCUUGUCAGAGUUGCUAGAGAUACAGCUUCUUACUGAUACAACUAUUCUUCAGGUAUCAUCUAUGGGAAUAACACCUUUCUUUGUAGAAAAUGUCAGUGAACUACAGUUAUGUGCCAUCAAGUUAGUCACUGCA